AUGACUACGCCCACCAUGAUCACUGUCGAAUCACUCCCCAAACUUCUCGCCGACGACAUCAAGGUCAAAGUCGCCGGUAUCGACAGCGAUGGUGUACUUCGUGGCAAGGUCAUGGCCAAGGAGAAGUUCCUUGGAAUUGCAGAAAAGGGAUUCGGCUUCAGCUCAGCUCUUUUCGGUUGGGAUAUGCACGAUAUGCUAUGGACAACCGAUGCACGUGUCGCACCCCCGGAAUCAGGAUACGCAGACUUCCUGGCUGUUCCAGAUCUAAACUCGUUCCGCCGUCUGCCGUGGGAAGACAACAUUCCUUUCUUCCUAGUACGAUUUCUUGACGAUACACGCCCGGUUUCGGCGGAUGGGAGGAGUAUGUUAAGGAGUCUGUGUGAUAAGCUUGCGGGAGAGGGACUUCAUGCUUUGGCUGGAGUCGAACUUGAAUUUAUGAAUUUCCAGACUCCUUCCGAAGACGGAUACGGCAGUGCAGGCUCCCAGCAUCCCAACCUUGCUACUUUCCUAGAGAAAAAUGCCCCCAGUGCCCUGCGGCCAAUUACAGCUGGCAUGUUCUGCUAUAGCUCAACGCGACCGGUUGCCAACAAGAAGUACUUCUACGAUAUUUUCAAUACUUGCGCACAAAUCAACUGCGGCAUUGAAGGAUGGCACACUGAGGGCGGGCCCGGUGUGUAUGAAGCAGCCUUGAUGGUUUCCGAGAUUAGUGAAAUGGCAGACAAAGUGGCAUUGUUCAAACUUUUAACCAAAUCCCUGGGUGUCGACCACGGCGUAACACCAUGCUUUAUGGCUAAGCCCAUGCAAGGAAUGCCAGGCAGCUCCGGGCACAUCCACAUCUCACUCGCCGACAGGGAUGGGAAGAACCUGUUUGCAAGAGAGACACCCGAGGCAAACCCUCAAUGGUCAGACAUCGCACACCUCUCUGAUACAGGACGUCAUUUCCUCGCCGGGCUUCUGGAAGCUCUGCCAGAUAUCAUGCCACUAUUUGCGCCGACUGUGAACUCAUACAAGCGCCUCAUUGAGAACUACUGGGCACCAGUGCACAUUAGCUGGGGACUCGAGGACCGGAUUGCCUCAAUCCGUCUCAUCACUCCACCAGUAUGCAAGCCAGGUGCCACACGUAUGGAAAUUCGCAUCCCUGGGGCUGAUUUACAUCCCCAUUAUGCGCUGAGUGUCAUCCUUGCAGCAGGCUGGAGGGGUGUACAGAAGAAACUUGAGAUCAAGGUCCCACCUAUGUCCGCAUGCACGCCCGGGGAGCGUCCAGAGCUUCUGCCCAAUACUUUGGACAAGGCCUUGGACCGGUUCUCGGCUCCAGGAAGCAUUGCACGGGAGGUUCUGGGGUCGGAGUUCGUAGAUUUCUUCACAGCCACAAGACAGCACGAAUUGGGUCUUUGGAGAGAGGCUGUGACUGAUUGGGAGUUCAAGCGAUAUAUUGAAAUAGUGUAA